ACUAGCAAAUAAAAUGAUUUCAAAUAAUUUCUUAUCAGUAAAAUUUAUUACGUCACUAGAAUUUGAACAACCUUAGUUUUUAAUUAUACUUAAUAUUUACCAUAGAAAUCAUCAUUAUAAAUAAUCAUUUGAUUUUCCCACUUUUCUUAUAAAGCGAAGUCGAACAACUUGUUAGACGUUGUUUGUUUUUCAUCGUUUUAAUUUAUAUUGACAACGGGUUGUUAUUUAUUUGCGGAGUUAACGUCAUUAAUUAUGAUGAAGACAUUCACUAAAUGUUCCACUGUAAAGUUAUUUGAUUAUUUUAAAUUAAAAACUCAGUUAUUGUUUUCUUGUUCUCCAAUCUUUUGAUAAAUACUUAUUUUAUAUCUGGAGACCCAAUGGUACCUUAGGUAUAUAUUUUCAGAGGUCAUGUAACAAGAAGCUUAAUGAAAAUAAAAAUGAAGAAAUCACAGAAUUCAUUAACAGAGGAGUCCACUGCUGAAGCUAAUGAAUCCAUAAAGAAACUUUAUAAAAGUAUCACUGAAGUUUCUCAUUCUUUGGAUGAUCAGCGGGGCCGUUCUUUAACAUGUAAAGAUUUAUUUACAGUUAAUAUUGAAAUCCAACGAUUAAAGUUAAAAAACUAUUGUGAGAGAAUGAUUUUUUCUGAUCCAUCAUGUUAUGGACGGAAAGCUGAAGAAAUAUUGUGGCGAAAAAUCUAUCACGAUGUUUAUUCUACAGCAAAAAUACUGAAAAAAAAUAAUGUUUGGAAUAAAAUUGAAGUAGCCCUUCUGGAAAAUCAUUUUCAAACUGGCAUUGGAUGUUAUUAUCAUAUACUCUUCAAAUUCCAAACUGAAAUUCAUUUUGAAAUACCAGGAUUAUUUGACUUUUUUAAGAUAUCAAAUGAUGAAUCAGAUGCUAAUGCUGUUAAAAAUAAUCAGAUAACAUUAAUGAAAAAAAAUGAUAAAAGUAUAAGAGAAGAAUUUGGAAUGAAAAUUAUUAUUUAUCGUUGUUUAAUAUGCUUGGGUGAUUUAACUCGCUAUAUAUAUGAAUUAAAUAAAUUGGAUUUAUAUUACGUAACAGCCUGGCGCUAUUAUAAACAAGCUCUAUUGUAUAAACCUGACAAUGGACUUCCUCAUAACCAAAUUGGACGUUUAGCUUUAACUAAAAAUAACCACUUAGAUGCUGUCUAUCAUUAUAUUAGAUGUGUAUUCAGUGUUGAACCUUUUGAAGGCGGCGAGAGGAAUUUAUUAUUGUCAUUACAACAAAAAUCAGAAAACAUAAAUAAUUAUUUUUUGGAAACAUUUUUCAUAAUAGUUGAUAUUUGGUAUAAUGGAAAGGAUAAUGAAAAAGAAUUAAAUGAAAUGUAUUCCAAAAUAAUUACUUGUUUUCAAGAAUUAUGCUCAAAUAAUAUAAAAAAUAAACAAGAAUUGCUAUGUGAUAAUGUUAAAUCACCACAGGCUAAUGAUGCUUCUUCACCAUCAUACAAAGAUAUUUCACAAAUUUUAACUAAUGAAAAUAUUUUUAAACUAAUAGUUAUUAUAACUGCUUGUUUAAAAAAGUUGCAUAAAAUAGAUUCAAAACAUAUAUCAAAAGCAGAGUUAUUUUUUUUUACAUUAACAGAGCAAUUGUUCACACAAUGUGUAAAUCAUUAUUCAAAAACAUUACCUGAAUUAGUUGACCCUUUUGUAGAUCAUACCAAAUUAAACCGAAGACGACGUAGACGUGGAUUUAUGAAACAUUCUUCUCCUGAUUCUCAAGAAUGGAGUGAAGGUGAUGAAGCUGAGAGUGUAAUUAGUCCUGAUGAUGAUUCAGAUGAAGAUGAAAGUGAAGAAGAAAUGCUAAUUUUUGAUAUUAAAAGUCCCAAUAAUGACAAAAAUAAAAAUGAAUCUGAUGGCUCAAAUGAUAGUGGUACAUCUUCAUUCGACUCUGAGAACAAGAAAAACAAAAUUCAAGUAACAAAUUUACCAUAUGCUGAAACUAUUCAUAUACUUUUAUACUGGAUCAAACAUCAAAUCCAUCUAAUUAAUUUAGAACCCUCCCUGGAACUUCUAACAAGCAUUGUUAAAAUGCUGAACUAUAUGUCACAGUCAAAUAUUGAAAAUGACUUUCCAGAUUUCGAUGUUAAUCAAUUUUUACUUCCAGAAGAACAACAUUUGAUUGGAAUGACAACUUUGUGGGAAUCUAAAAUGGUUCUAAGUGACAUGACUAAAAAGUGCUAUUUAAAAAAUCAGGACGCAAUUCGUAUUAUGAAAAUUUUAUGGUAUGCCAAAGAAAUAGCAUUAAAUAAUGUUUUAUUCACCUAUAAUAGUGAAAAAAAAUGGUUUUCUUUAAAUAACACUUUGCAACAGCAGAUUGAGGAAAAAUCUAAAUUGGACAACAAACGAGACAAACAACAUGUUAUGGGCCAACUUUGGCUUCGAGCCGAAGUAGAUAAUCUUGAAGUACAAAUGAAAUACACUUCUAGAAAGAAAAAUUUACCUACAUGUAUUGUAUUAGACACAGACGCUCUGAUCAAUUAUUCACUAAUAGUAAAAAAAUUAGUGAAUAGUGCAAUGUUUAUUGUAGUAAUUCCCGCUAUAGUAAUAUCAGCAUUAGAUGAACAGAAAAAAUUAAGUAAAGAAGUCAGGUUAACAAUACGUUGGUUAGAAUUUCAGUUACAACAAGGUAAUUGCAGUUUGAAAUCACAAGGCCUACAUGAAUCAAAACCGAUAAAAGUAGAAGAAACAAUUAAAAUCUCUAAAGAAAUGUGUAAUUUUAAACAUAUCUUGGAAUGCUGCAAUUACUUUACAGAUGAAUGUGGAGAAAGUAAUGGAAUUGUUACGCUUAUAACUGGAUCAGAUGAUUUAUUAAAUUCGUUAGAUAUGAUGCAAAUGGCAAAAUCUAUUAAAAUAAAUAUUGAACAUAUAAAAAAACUUCAAAUGCAAUUAAAGAUGGCAAAAAAUAAGGGUUAAUGGGGAAAAUAUUAAAUUUGGUUGAAAAUUAUGAUAUAUUUAUUGUUUACUGAACAAUAUUUUACUGUCGUACAACAACAUAUGAGAAUUUAGUUGUACUGUAAACGAUGCUGAUGUUUCGAACUAGCUAAGGGAUGCCAGUUAAAAUUUUGAAGAAAUUGCUGGACACAGCAUAAUAUUACUUAUUGA